AUGGGCGCCCAGGAGAUGGUGAGAGUGAUGGGCGCCCAGGAGAUGGUGAGAGUGAUGGGCGCCCAGGAGACGGUGAGAGUGAUGGGCGCCCAGGAGACGGUGAGAGUGAUGGGCGCCCAGGAGACGGUGAGAGUGAUGGGCGCCCAGGAGAUGGUGAGAGUGAUGGACGCCCAGGAGACGGUGAGAGUGAUGGACGCCCAGGAGACGGUGAGAGUGAUGGGCUCCCAGGAGACGGUGAGAGUGAUGGACGCCCAGGAGACGGUGAGAGUGAUGGACGCCCAGGAGACGGUGAGAGUGAUGGACGCCCAGGAGAUGGUGAGAGUGAUGGGCGCCCAGGAGAUGGUGAGAGUGAUGGGCGCCCAGGAGAUGGUGAGAGUGAUGGGCGCCCAGGAGACGGUGAGAGUGAUGGACGCCCAGGAGUUGGUGAGAGUGAUGGACGCCCAGGAGAUGGUGAGAGUGAUGGGCGCCCAGGAGACGGUGAGAGUGAUGGACGCCCAGGAGACGGUGAGAGUGAUGGGCGCCCAGGAGACGGUGAGAGUGAUGGGCGCCCAAGAGAUAGUGAGAGAGGGGCGACCAGAUUAUCAGAUCUGGACGAUAAGAAAGGUGCUGGCGCUCACCGACUGUCAGGAUAUUAAUGUGUGUGUGCUCGUUCUCGCCUGA